UCGUAUGCCAUGUUAGUACCCGUUGGAAUGCUACGUAUGCCAUGUUAUCUUCAGCCUUGGAGUUUAAAAAGGUUUUCGUGAAUUAUGCUGAUCGAGAAAGUUCAUAUAACACUUUGCCGAGUGAAGAUGACUGGAAAAAAGUUGAAGAUGUUUGCACUUUUUUGGCAUUAUUCAAUGAGGCUACAAGAAUAAUUUCUGGUAUUAUUUGUUUUAAUAUUUUUAGCAUUUUUAUUAAGUUUUUUUUAUUAUAUUUCUAAUCUUGUAGGCUCCGAGUAUCCAACUUCAAAUUUAUUUCUUAGUGAGUUAUAUGGGAUAAAAGAGGCAUUAGAUGAAGUAGCUUUGGAUGUGGAUGAUUGCAUGAAAGAUAUGGUUGACGAGAUGAAAAAGAAAUUUGACAAGUAUUGGGGUUCAUGUAACUUGUUGAUCUCUAUUGGUGCUGUUUUAGAUCCUAGAUACAAGAUGCAUCUAAUUAAGUUUUCUUUUAAGUCCAUUUAUUCGAAGGAAAAGGUAGAUCAAGAGAUUCAGUUGGUUGAAAAAUGUUUAGAAGAAUUGUUUAAAGAGUAUGUUGAAGCUUACAAAGAACCAAAUGCUGGUUCAUCUAGAAGUGUAAAUGAUGGGAGUGGUCCAAGUGGGAGUAGAAGUGGUUCAUCUAACUUUACCUCUUCACGAUUUGGUAAGAGUAUCAAGACUGGUAGUGCUAAAUAUCAUCAACAUAUUAAAAGUGUUGAUUGCGUUCAAAGUGCUAAGUCAGAAUUAGCAACUUAUUUGGAAGAAGGCGUAUGCAUAAUUGAGCAAGGUGUGCAUUUUGAUGCGUUGCGAUGGUGGAAGGAUAACAAACUUAAGUAUAAAGUGUUAUCUAAAAUGGCUGCUGAUAUCUUAGCUAUACCAAUAACCACUGUUGCUUCAGAGUCAGCUUUUAGUGCUGGUGGGAGGGUUAUUGAUCCACAUCGUUCUGCUUUAGGAACUAAGAUGGUGGACAUGCUUAUAUGUGGGGCUGAUUGGUACCGUCAAUAUUAUGGGCUGGAAAAAAAGAAAAAGGAAAAUGACGAUGUCGUAUAUAUUGCGCUCCUGUGAAGAAUGAGAACUAUUAGUUGGGAUCUAUAUUUUUGGGGAAGCUAGAUAUUCAAGAGUCAAGACAUUUAUUUUGUAGUUCAUAUGAAAAAGCUGGACAUUGAAGACUUUUUUUGGGAUAUGUAUUUUGGAUGAUUAUGUCUUAAGAUAAACUUGAUUUGUCAUAUGGUGCUACUUUUUUGUCUUGAAUUUUUGAUAAUCGUUUAAUGGUUAUACUUAACUA